AUGGUGCAAACCUGCCUACCGUGGCCUGUUUCCUUUAUAUUCUUUAUUCUUCUACCCUUCCUGCUCUCUCUAUCGCGAGUGUAUCCCCCCGAGCCUACUAGAGGCCCUUUCCUUUAUAUUCUUCGUUCUUCUGCUCUUCUUUCUUUCUUCUGUCUUUCCUACUCCCCUAACCUUGACCGUGGCGAUGCUUUAUACGAGACGGAUCUGACGGAGCCGGACGAUGCCCUAAGCUCACGAAAACGUCUCCGGUCGGAUAAGAACUACUCUUCCUUCGAGCUAGAGCUCCCUAGUAACCUUAGGGAACUCUAUAAUAAUCCUCUAGAUAAUAAUAGAGUUGAUCUGUCUAAGAUUCCUAAGGAUUUUAAUAAAGUACUAGGCACUAUUAAACGACGAGAGCGGAUUAAGGGCCGAACUACUUUUGUACUUCCUAAGAUCGUUUACGGGCCCUCUCUAGUAAUAUACCCGUAUAUAUUACUUUUCAGUAUCCUGUUUUAUACGCGUGUAUUCCGGAAUUCGAGGCUAACCUUAAAGGCUUAG